AUGGAUCCUAUUGCCUCAAAAUACUCGGUAUGGAGACGGCUUAUCCACCAAUUCCAGAUCAGAAGGGAUAUUCCCUUUCGUAAGAAGUUUUUUGUUGGCUACGAUUUGCAUGGAAAUACCUACUGGGAAUUUAGUUUGGAUGGGAACAUGAAUCGAUUAAGAAGAAAGAUGGAACCCUAUCAGGAAUAUAUGUUUAAGGCUGAUUACUUCUCCACAGUUCCUCCUCCGUGGCUCCAGUGGCUUCGACGUACGAGGGUCGAGCCUCCUACCCUCCAAGAACUUAUGGCAGAGCAAAUCAGACAAGAUGGCAUCAAGAUGCUUGCAUCUCAAGCCGAUGAGAAAUGGCAGAGCCAAAAAUUACUUCUUGAGCAAGAGCAACUGUUGAAGUUGCAGACUGAGUUGGACAGAUUGCACCAGGAAGAAUCUAAACAAUCCAAGAAUGUGACUACGGACUCGGCCCCAAAUCAAUCAAUCAAUUCACCCAAUGAUCCUUGGGCUCAGGCAAACCAGGCCCAUGAACAAGACUACAAUCCCAUCCAGUCAGCCAAGAUUCCUAUCCGAAGAAAUAAGUAG